AUGAGCUCAAAAGACAAAGAUAAUUUAAAAUUAAAAUAUAAAAUAUUAAGUGCAUCAUCCAAUGACAAAGAUUAUGACAUUUUAAAUCUAUUAAAAAAUACCGGAAAAAAAGUUCAUAAGCCAUGGUUAAGUGAAAAAAAUAGUACAUAUCCACAAGAAAUUAUUUUACAAAUAAAACCAGCUAAAAUUAAAUACUUAGAAUUUUUGUCUCAUGAAUAUACAAUAACCAAGAAAAUUGAAAUUUUUGUAUCAAACAAUAAUAAAGAUUAUUCAAAAGUUGGUUUUUUUAGAUUUAAUGAUAAUGCUUCUACCAGUUAUUGUGCUAGGGAACUUAAAUAUGUAUAUUUGCCAUGUACUAUAAAAUGUGUAUUUAUCAAAUUAAAACUUCAUAAACCAUACAAUAACUAUCUAAACACUUAUUCACAGAUUGGGUUAUAUUAUGUUAACAUUAUUCCUGAAGAAAUACCUUCAAUUUCAUCUGAGAUAACAUCUUCAUGUAAUAAGUUAAACUUUUUACCUAAUAAAAAAAUUAAAAAUGAUAAUGAUAAUUGUAAUUCAGUAAAUACUAAAACAUUCUUAAAAAAAAAAGAAAUAGCUAAUAGUCUUCAUAUAUAUGAUAAAAAUAUCACAGAAAACAUUUCGGAAGAAGGAAUAUGUUGCGGAAGUUUUAGAAGAUCGUUUUCAAAGUAUGAUAAAAAUAAAAUUAAUUUUUUAUAUGAAAAAUUAGAGAACAAAAUAAAAUGUUUUGAAAAUUUAAAAGGUGAAUGUGUAGCAAAAGAAGAGUUUAAUAAGGCAAAUGAACUAAAAAAAAUUGUAAACACUUUUAUUUUUUUAAAAAGUAUAAUUACUUUUUUAAAAGGAAAAAAAAAAAAAUAUGUUAGAGAAGAGAAUUAUGGAAAAGCUAAAAGAUUAAAAGAAAAAGAAAUAAAGGUAAAAAUUAUAAUAAAAAAUAUAGAACAAUUAAGAAUUGUAAAUGACUGUUCAAAGAAGUGGUAUUAUGAAUGGUUAGUUUUAUAUUAUAAGGAACUCGAAUUUUACGAAAAAGAGAUAAAUAAAAUUAUGUCUAAUGAAAAUAUAAAAAAUAUAAAGAAAAGUUGUGGAAUUUUUAAUCAGAAUGUGGACGAAAAUGAUAGUGAUAUUGACUUAAGUAAAAUUUUACUAUUAAUUUGCAGCGAUGAUGAAAAAAAGCGAGAAAUUGGUUUUGAUUUUGCUUAUAAACCAUUUGAAGAUCGUGAAAAAAAAAGAAGUAAUUUUUGGUGUAACAAUAUAGAAUCUUUAUGCUUAAUCAUCAAAAGGGGGAUAUCAGAUUCUUCUUAUAAUAUAUUUAUUAAAAGUGUCGUCAUAUUAGAAAAAAUGUUGAUUAUGUUUCAAGAUUAUUUUUUAAACGUAGAUAAUACAGAUUCUGAGAGUUAUAAUAGUAAAAAUGGAAAAUACCUAAAAUGUAUAAUUUCUUCACUUCUGAAACGCUUAGAUGAUUCUAACCUUGAUAUUGUAGAUAUAUGUAUAAAAACAAUAAUGAUGAUGUUACAUAACAGUUUCACUUCUUUUAAAAAUGUUUUUUCUAUUAUAUUAUCAAUGUUGUUUUAUUUUUUUUCUGCUGAUGUAACAUCAGAAAUAAAUGAAAAGAUAAUUGUUAGUUUGAUGAGUUUUUACUAUUCUUUGAUAAACAAAUAUUACACAUCUGUGAAAAAUGAUAUUAAUUUAAAAAAAGUACUGGAAAUUAUAUCUUUAUUUCUUGAAGUAGAUCUUGAAUCAAUUAAACAAACAUCUCUUGAUUUUUUUGUUAAUAUAUACAAUACUGUGGAAAAUCGUGAUGAACUAUUUGAGGAAUUUUUACUAAAUAUUUCGUUUGAUACUAAAAAUCUUAUAAUAAAUCGUAUAAACCAAGAAGAAAAAGAAAAAACGAAAGUAGAACAAAAUGGUGGUAAGUUUUCAUUCAAGAAGUAUGACAAUAAUGAAAAAAGACUAGAAAUUGAAAAUGAAAUAUCCCAAAAAAAUUGUAUGUUUAUGAAUAAUGAUGAUUUAUUAAAAAAAAAUACUUAUUUAAAUAAGAAUUAUUUAAAAAUUAAAGAAACUAUAGCAUGUAAAAAUAAUAUUGAAACAACUAAUGAAAUUAGUAAUAUUAGUAACAAUGGUACAGAAAAAAAUAUAAAAGAAGAUUAUAAAACUAUAAAUAAAUGCGUGGAAGACAAUAAAGAAGAUAUUAAGAUUUCAAAAUUAACAUAUUUGGAAAAUAUUAAUUUAAAAAAAGAAAUAUGCCAUGAAGAAAUUCAGGAGUUGGAAGAAAAAAAUAUUAUAGAAAACAAGGAGCUUAAGAAACCACAAAAUAAUGAUGUAAAAAAAGAGGAAACAAAACACCCUGUAACAUUAAGCAGUUUUCGUUUAAAUAAAAACAUCAUCAAUGAUAAAGAGAAAUAUGAAGACAAAAGUAUAGAGUUCAAAAAAAUAUAUGUAAAUGAUGAAGAAAAGAUAUCAGAUAAAGGAGAAUUUAAUGAAGAUUAUACAAAAAUAAAUGAAAACAAUGAAGGUCAUGUUCCUGAUUUCACAUGUAAAUAUUGUUAUAGAAUGGAUGAAGGUUUCACAGAAGUAGGUUUAGAAAAACAUUGGAUUAAGAAGUGUCCCAUGCUUUGUGCCUGUCCAAAUUGCUUCUUAAUCGUUGAAUUAGUUGUUAUUUAUGAUCAUUUUUUAUCUGAGUGUUCACAUAGUUAUAUGUAUACGUCAUGUGAAUAUUGUAACAAAGUUGUAAAGAAAAAUUUAUUAGAUACACAUAUAAUGAAUGAAUGUAAUGGAAAAAAAACUGAAUAUCUUUCUUGUUAUUAUUGUUCUCUUUCCAUUGAAUCAUUUGAUAUAAAUAAAUGGAGAACUCACUUUUUGUCGUGUUCUAAAAAUCCUAGAUUGGUGGAAUAA